AUGAGACCCGUACUUUGCUACUUCCUGCUCUGUACGUCGUACCUGCUGAAUGCUGUUGCUGAGGUAUGAAAGACAUUAGGGCUUUUCGCAACCACUUUCUACGGGGUUGAAUAGGAAUAGCCAUGGUGGCAGGCUGCAGUCAGGCAGAGUGCAUGCCUCUCUCUUGCGCUGUCACACUCUGGCUGGCGCGGGGGGUCGUUUUGCGGGGUUGAGGGGGUUGAGUGUGGGGGCGUAUGGGUAGAGGGGAGUCUAGGGACUUCGGGGUACCGGUGCUGUCCUUAGCGCGCAUUUGUUCUGGAGAAGGGGCUUUGCUGCACAGCAGUCGACAUUGCUGCAUGUUGUUUUACAAGCUGUGGGACACAACGAUUUAUAGACUUAACAAUUUAGUAAUAACGUACUUGUUACAAAGUACAUAGGCCUACGCUAUUUUGGAUACACGUUAUUUUCAUUAUGCAAACACAUUAGGCCUACUUUUAUUUAUAUUUAAAAUGUUGUGCAUUAACCAUUUUGUGCUGACUUUGUGCAUAUUAAGUCAUAAAAGCCUAUUGGAAUUUUGAGCUAUUGAAUCGGCAAAAAAACCAACAAACAAGAAUGAAACCUGUAGCCCCAAGGCGACACCAAUGUUUUUGCAAUAUCAGCACCACCGCCACUUGCUUGCCAUUUGAAUGCGUUGCAUAGAGCGCUUUUAGAAACAAACAUUGUAACUGCACCAAUAAACAUAUUUCACUUAUUUUUGGCACUCGCUCCAAAUCUGUUUAAGCAUGAGCCAACUGUGACAAUGUUAUGGUUGAGCUAGCCAAACGCUUUCACGGGAACCACACUUGGGAGAUAUAAAUAGCCUAGGCUCUGUCGCUGUGAGGCCGAACACUCCUACCAGCUUGAGAGAGAAACCUAGUAUCCGCAACAAGUCACAAGUGCAAGUGUAGCGGACGGCCUGUGAACAAGACUCAAGACAGCCGAAUAUGCAUGCUGUAAUGGGCACACCUUUGCGUCAUUUUUCCUCUCCAUUGACCUGAAUGAAUAAGACAAUAAUAAAAUAUAGAUAAGGACGCAAUGUAUGCGUCCUUUUACAGUCCACAUGUGUCUUUAAUCUUCAUUCUAAUCGUUUUGUCUUGAUUGUGUGUGUGUGUGUGUGAAGGAAGUCCCACAGGAGUUGAUAGAGAGACUGUCCCACAGCGAAAUCCACAGCAUCAGCGACCUCCAGCGGUUAUUGGACUCCGAGAUAGACUCCCCCGAAGGUAAAUUCUGCCUCUUGAUACUUUUACCCACACGAACUGUGAUUCCAUUCCACUGAACUUUGCUCGAACCCCAAUCUAUCGCACUGGGCGAUACCAGAAAGGUGUUUACUUGUAUUUCUAAGUCACUUAGAACGGUGUCAUAAAACUAACUAGGGGAAAGAACGAUACCGAAUAUAUGAAGGUCGCACAGACGCAGUGGGCAUUAUUUGGGCAUAUCCGAUUGGUUAGUGUUACCGAUUCAACACCAGCAAAUACAUGUUUUAGUCAUUCUCUUGUUUCACUGAGUGGGUGUUGCUGAAGUCUGUGGUGCUCUCCGUAUCAGACUUACCUUGGGCUCUCAGCAGCCAGUCAGCAUGCUUCUCCAACAUCUGUUGCUAUGAAAUGAAUGGACUGGUCAAGCUGCUUUCGGCGCCUAGCGCGUAAAGGCUCUGUGCCCCGCUGCCCGGCCCGAAGACAUUUGGCGGGGAUUCGAUGUAGUAAUAGAUAGUUGAAAACAAACAAACUACAAGGACACGGAGCGUGUUUAGUCAGGGUCUCAUGGAGGAAAUGUUCCGAGGAAAUGUUCCCGGAUUUGUAGUCGAGGCCAGGGGGAAGGAGAAGGGAGGGUGGAUGAAGGCCAGGUUUUCUGGAACAGAAAGGAACGCAUCGUACUUGGGAACUGAUAAAGAAAACACCAGCGCGAGAUAAGAUGCGUCCGACUCUGGAGUGUACACAUGUGACAUAGAAGGUGGACUUUCACUGCGGUAUUUAUUUUCCCAGAUUCUAUUUAGCAAUUGUCACCCGCAAUAUGCUGGCUUUAUGGCACGUAGGGUGUCACAUACCCCUGGCUGUGGCUGUAAACGGAUAGGGACAUGCGGCGCGCAGGACGGUGGCUGUAAACGGAUAGGCGCAUACGGCGCGCAGGGUGCAGUGAGCACCGCUUUUCUGCCGCAGUCAUGUUCCUUGGAGGUGGUUGUCUCUUGUCGAGAGCAAUCUAGCUGUCUGUCUCUGGGUCUUUUAACUGAGAGAUUGGGUUACAAGGGUGCGCUGGCACAAGCUGUUUGCGUUCACAUGAGCCUCUAUUUACACAGGCCACCCGCCAUAUAUCAAAUCUGGGCUUUCCCCUAGUCUGGUUUGUGGAUGGAAAUGGGUAAUUAUAUAAUUGGCUUUAAACACCUGUGUUGGUAAGGGAAGGGAUCCCUCAUAUGCCAACUAUGAUUACUAUUAAUCAUAUGAUUCAUGUUAGUACUAUUGCUCCAAUAAAAAAUUGCUCUUAUUAGCUAAUUAAAUAGCCAAUGGGAUUUUCAUUGGUUUUACUUAUAUACAGGGUUCAUUACAUCACUCACACCUAUAUUGAUGUACAGAUACAGGCCUACCUCAUUGGUUAUUUUAUCAUUAGUCAUAGUUGCAUGUAUGUUAUUACUGAUGUUGUCUGUUUGUUUGAUCCAAAUUUUAAUAUUGGCAAAUUCAGUUAACUUUAUUGAAUCACCAUUGGUUAAACUUGUAUUGUGUCUCCCAUCAGAUCAACAUAGCAAUAACAUUACAUUAGAUUAUCACAACACACAAACACACCACAUGUGGAAUAUAGCCAGGCCUACAGAGUGGAGUCUGAAAUAGGAAUCAGGAGGGCUGGUUCUAGCAGCUAGCAGCUAGCCUUAGCAUGAGAAGAGGUGUUUAUAAUUGAAUUAAAAUGCCUCCCUUCAACAGUAGUACUCUGCCUGAUUAUUAUUAACAGUACAUACAUCUGCCUGGAGGCCAACAUACUGCCUGAUGGGCCAAUAGACUGCCAGGAAGGCCAUUAAAAUACCUUAGAUGCCAGCCAGAGGUGUAUUUUCAGAGCUUUUGUUGUGAAUGGCAGGACAGUAAAGUUAGUUACUGGGGAGGGGGACUGUACAAGGGACUGGGUCCUGCCUGUCAGAAAGUAAAGAAGGGGGGUUAGACAGAGAGAGAGAGACACAGGGAGAGAGAGAGAUAGAGAGAGAUAAAGAGAGAGCGAGAGCGAGAGAGAGAGAUAGAGAGAGAUAAAGAGAGAGCGAGAGAGAGAGAGAGAGAGAGAGAGAGAGAUAAAGAGACAGCGAGAUAAAGAGAUAAAGAGAGAGUGAGAGAGAGAGAGAGAGAGAGAGAGAGAGAGAGAGAUAACUGUCAGUUAUCUAUGUCUGUUUGUCCCAUGGCAUAUGUUGCAACCAUUGGAUCCUAAACCCUUAACCCUCAGCCACUUCUUAAGCUCCUAUACCUUGUAGAGACAGGAGUUCUCACCCUCUUCAACUGUGUUGAGCCCUGGGAAGAAGGGAGGGAUGUGUCAGUGUCAUUUAGAAGGAGGCCUUCAGGGCUUAUCUGGUCUUGUUGUGUGUUUUAUAUGGGUCUGUCUGCAGUGUUGAGAGUCUGCAGUGUUGAGAGUCUGCAGUGAUGAGGGUCUGCAGCGAUGAGGGUCUGCAGUGAUGAGUCUACAGUGAUGAGAGUCUGCAGUGAUGAGGGUCUGCAGUGAUGAGAGUCUGCAGUGUUGAGAGUCUGCAGUGUUGAGAGUCUGCAGUGUUGAGAGUCUACAGUGAUGAGAGUCUGCAGUGUUGAGAGUCUGCGGUGUUGAGGGUCUGCAGUGUUGAGAGUCUGCAGUGUUGAGAGUCUACAGUGAUGAGAGUCUGCAGUGUUGAGAGUCUACAGUGAUGAGAGUCUGCAGUGUUGAGAGUCUGCGGUGUUGAGAGUCUGCAGUGAUGAGAGUCUGCAGUGUUGAGAGUCUGCGGUGUUGAGAGUCUGCAGUGUUGAGAGUCUGCAGUGUUGAGUGUCUGCAGUGUUGAGAGUCUGCAGUGUUGAGAGUCUGCAGUGUUGAGAGUCUGUAGUGUUGAGAGUCUGCAGUGUUGAGAGUCUGCGGUGUUGAAUCUGCGGUGUUGAGAGUCUGCAGUGUUGAGAGUCUGCAGUGUUGAGAGUCUACAGUGAUGAGAGUCUGCAGUGUUGAGAGUCUGCAGUGUUGAGAGUCUGCAGUGUUGAGAGUCUGCAGUGUUGAGAGUCUGCAGUGUUGAGAGUCUGUAGUGUUGAGAGUCUGCAGUGUUGAGAGUCUGCGGUGUUGAAUCUGCGGUGUUGAGAGUCUGCAGUGUUGAGAGUCUGCAGUGUUGAGAGUCUGCGGUGUUGAGAGUCUGCAGUGUUGAGAGUCUGCAGUGUUGAGAGUCUGCAGUGUUGAGAGUCUGCAGUGUUGAGAGUCUGCAGUGUUGAGAGUCUGUAGUGUUGAGAGUCUGCAGUGUUGAGAGUCUGCGGUGUUGAAUCUGCGGUGUUGAGAGUCUGCAGUGUUGAGAGUCUGCAGUGUUGAGAAUCUGCAGUGUUGAGAGUCUGCAGUGUUGAGAGUCUGCAGUGAUGAGAGUCUGCAUUGUUGAGAAUCUGCAGUGUUGAGAGUCUGCAGGGUUGAGAGUCUGCAGUGAUGAGAGUCUGCAGUGUUGAGAGUCUGCAGUGUGGAGAGUCUGCAGUGUUGAGUCUGCAGUGUUGAGUCUGCAGUGAUGAGAGCAGCCUCAGGGGCAUGUAGGAGGCCCAUGGUGGACGGGAGGGUGAUUGUCUGUGUCUGUGGGUGUGUGUGUGAACAUGCAUGUGUGUGUGUUUUGGUGUGUAUGCGCUUGUGUGUGUGUGUCAGUGUGGAGCAGUCAGCAAGGCGAUUGUCUCUUCAGACAGGGUGACAGCUGAGAUGACCUGUUGAAGUCUCGCCCCCCUGUCCCCCCUGGAGCCAGUCUCCUCUCCCCCUCUCCUAUCGUCUUCCCCAGCCUCUUGGUCUGGUCUGUUCUCAUCUCUCUCUACUGAAGGACUGACGGAAAGGGGAACCUGACUCUUGACAUGAGGCCUGAUGUGGAUAGGUGGAGUAUCUGUAGCCUGUAUUCCUGGCUGCACUUCACUCUACAGGGAAAAGGUUGUGCAACAACAACCUGAACCUACAGCUCUGCCCUGCCUGUUUACCUACAGUUGGCAACAGUUCAGGGCUUGUAUUCUCAAAGCAUCUCAGAGUUCUGAUCCAGGAUCAGUCUUUGCCUUUUAAUAAGAUUAUAUGGACAUGAUGGACCUGAUUCUAGAUCGGCAUUCCUACUCAGAGUGCAAAAACAUCCUCCGUGUACAACGUAAAACACCAAAUAAUGCAUGCAGAGCAGAAUUAGGCCAAUACCUGCUAUUUAUCAAAAUCCAGAAAAGAGCUGAUAAUUCUAUAACCACUUAAAAGGAAGCGAUUCCCAAACCUUCCAUAACAAAGCCAUCACCUACAGAGAGAUAAACUUGGAGAAGAGUCCCCUAAGUAAGCUUGUCCUGGGGCUCUGUUCACAAACACAAACAGACCCCACACAGCCCCAGGACAAUAACAACAACAACAACAACAACACAAUUAGACCCAACCAAAUCAUGAGAAAACAAAAAGAGAAUUACUUGACACAUUGGAAAGAACAAAAAAAAAAACAGAGCAAACUAGAAUGCUAUUUGGCCCUAAACAGAGAGUACACAGUGGCAGAAUACCUGACCACCGUGACUGACCCAAACUUAAGGAAAGCUUUGACAAUGUACAGACUCAGUGAGCAUAGCCUUGCUAUUGAGAAAGGCCGCCGCCUGGCUCUCAAGAGAAGACAGGCUAUGUGCACACUGCCCACAAAAUGAGGUGGAAACUGAGCUGCACUUCCUAACCUCCUGCCAAAUGUAUGACCAUAUUAGAGACACAUAUUUCCCUCAGAUUACAGCGAUCCACAAAUAAUUCGAAAACAAACCCAAUUUUGAUAAACUCCCUUAUCUACUGGGUGAAAAACCACAGUGUGCCAUCACAGCUGCAAGAUUUGUGACCUGUUGCCACAAGAAAAGGGCAACCAGUGAAGAACAAACACCAUUGUAAAUACAACCCAUAUUUAUGUUUAUUUAUUUUCCCAUUUGUACUUUAACUAUUUGCACAUUAUUACAACACUGUAUAUAUACAUAAUAUGACAUUUGAAAUGUCUUUAUCUUUUGAAACUUCUGAGUGUAAUGUUUACUGUUAAUAUUUAUUGUUUAUUUCACUUUUGUUUACUAUCUACUUCACUUGCUUUGGCAAUGUUAACACACGUUUCCCAUGCCAAUAAAGCCCUUCAAAUUGAAUUGAGAGAGAGAGAGAGAGAGAGAGGAGGGAUGAGAGUGAGUGGAGUCUCCUAACUAAUGGGGGCAGUAAUUUAGGAGUCAUCAGAGGCAGUGUGAUUCAUGGCCGGAGACUGAGGAGGAGGCUGCUGUAGGCUGCAGGCAGCAGGCGUGUCAUUACCUACAAGCCUUCACCUUACCUGGAGUAGACAGGGAAGAGGAGGAGGGGGGCUCCCUAGAGAGGUAGCGUUAUGUCUUCCUCCCUCUCUCUCUCCCCCCUCUCCCUCUCUCUCCCCCUCUCCCUCUCUCUCCUCCUCUCCCUCUUUCUCCCCUUCUCCCUCUCUCUCCUCCUCUCCCUCUCUCUCCCCCUCUCCCUCUCUCUCCUCCUCUCCCUCUCUCUCCCCCUCUCCCUCUCUCUCCUCCUCUCCCUCUCUCCCUCUCUCUCCCCCCUCCCUCUCUCUCCCCCUCUCCCUCUCUCUCCUCCUCUCCCUCUCUCUCCCCCUCUCCCUCUCUCUCCUCCUCUCCUCUCUCUCCCCUCUCCCUCUCCGUCUCCCUCCUCUCCCUCCUCCCUCUCUCUCCCCCUCCCUCCCUCUCUCUCCCCCUCUCCCUCUCUCUCCUCCCCCUCUCCCUCUCUCUCCUCCUCUCCCUCUCUCUCCUCCUCUCCCUCUCUCUCCCUGUCUGUCUUUUUUUCUGUCUUUCUCUUUCUCUUCCUCUCACUCUCCUUUCUUUUUUCUUUCUCCCUCUAGCUCAUUCUGUCUGCUUGUGUCUUCAUGCUUGCCUCUCUCUCUCUGUCUAUCCAUAUCUCUUUCUCUCUUCUCCCCCGUCUCUGUCUAUCCAUAUCUCUUUCUCUCUUCUCCCCCGUCUCUGUCUAUCCAUAUCUCUUUCUCUCUUCUCCCCUCUCUCUGUCUAUCCAUAUCUCUUUCUCUCUUCUCCCCUCUCGCUGUCUAUCCAUAUCUCUUUCUCUCUUCUCCCCUCUCUCUGUCUAUCCAUAUCUCUUUCUCUCUUCUCCCCUCUCUCUGUCUAUCCAUAUCUCUUUCUCUCUCUUCCCCUCUCUCUGUCUAUCCAUAUCUCUUUCUCUCUUCUCCCUGUCUCUGUCUAUCCAUAUCUCUUUCUCUCUUCUCCCUGUCUCUGUCUAUCCAUAUCUCUUUCUCUCUUCUCCCCUGUCUCUGUUUAUCCCUCUCCCUCUCCCGCUCUAAUCACUCGGUCUAUCCAUUUCCCUCCCCCCUCCUCUCUUUCUCCCCCAGCCUGCUUUCUUCAUGUAGAAAGGAAAACAACAAAAAGGUCCUUUUGUGAUGCUGAAAAAAGCAGUAGUUAGUCCAUAAAGGACUCCUUUAUAUGGCGUCUCCUUUUCUCUCGCCAGCCGCUCUGACAUGGCCUGUCUCCUCCCGGUGUCCAUUGCCAUGACGCCCUCCCUGCUUGUCUUCCUUCUUCCCUCCCUCCCUUCCUCCUCCCUCUCCUUCCUUCCCUCCCUCCCUUCCUCCCCCUCUCCUUCCUUCCCUCCCUCCCUUCCUCCCCCUCUCCUUCACUCCCUCCCUCCCUCCCUUCCUCCCCCUCUCCUUCACUCCCUCCCUCUCUUCCUCCCCUCUCCUUUCUUCCCUCCCUCCCUUCCUCCCCCUCUCCUCCCUUCCCUCCCUCCCUUCCUCCCCAUCUCCUCCUUCCCCCCCAUCCCUUCCUCCCCCUCUCCUUCCUUCCCUCCCUCCCUUCCUCCCCCCGGUCCCAUUCCUUCCUUCCCCUCCCUCCCUUCCUCCCCCCUCUCCUUCCUUCCCUUCCCUCCCUUCCUCCCCCUCUCCUUCCGUCCUUCCUUCCCUCCCGAUCCCUUCCUCCCAUCGUCCUUCCCCUUCCCUCCCUCCCUUCCUCCCCCUCCCUUCCCUUCCCUCCUCCCUUCCUCCCCCUCAAUGCCUUCACUCCCUCGUCUUCCCCUUCCUUCCCCCUCUAACUUCCGUCCCCUCCUCACCUUCCUCCCCCUCUCCUUCCGCUCCCUCCCCCCUCCCCCCUCUCUUCAUUCACUCCCUCCCUGCCUAGAGAGAGAAAGGGGAAGAAUAGAUAGAGAGAAAUUAAGGGGGGGUGGGGGUAGAGAGAUAAAAAGGAAGAGCGCAAGGGAUUGAGAGAGAGAGCAAGAGAAAGAAGGAUGGAGGAAGAGGGAAGGGUAAACGGAGAAAGGUUAAGGGGCGAGUGAGAGAGAGAGAGACAGAUAGAGAGAGAAGCGUGCUGGGAGUUCUGUCAGUGACCCACAGCGUUAAAAGGUUGUUAGGUGGAGACAUCAGGCAGCUGUCACAACCUGUUUCACUGACAGAAGGGCAGACAGGACAGAUCGUGUGUGUGUGUUAGUGUGUGUCUGAGUGUGUGCUUGCACGUCCUGCGUGUCCAUGCAUGCAUAUGUGUGUGUCUGACUGAGUGCAUAUGUGUGUGUGUCCGCUUGUGCGUGCAUGUGUGUUUGAGUGCCUUAGUGUACAUGAACCUACUUGACACAGUGAUACCUAUAGGUUUUGUGUUAUGCUAAACAGCAGGGAGACAGAGCUCCCAAGCAGAGCAGGUAAACACUAAUCACUUCCUCUAGGGAGGGAAAUAUUUUCUGUGUCACAGCUGUCUGACUGGGAUGGUAGGUACCCUAGCGGUUAUAAGCGAAAGAUCGCUGGUUCAAAUCCCAGAGCCGACUAGGUGAAAAAAUCUGUCGAUGUGCCAUUGAGCAAGGCACUUAACCCUAAUUGCUCCUGUGGUCGCUCUGGAUAAGAGUAUCUGCUAAAUGACUCAAAUGUAAAUGACUGACUAGCUGACAAGGAGACGCAAAGUCCCACUAUCUCUCUCUUUCCGCUGCCUGGGCAAUGUUUAGGCUUGACAAGGCCUCGAAAAAGCAGCAUACACAUGUAAAUAAAUAAGCAAACAGAGGUUUAUAUAGACCUUGUACAGGAGAAGAAAAGCCUUUCAAAUGAGGGAUCGUCUAUAGCACAAAGGAGCUGGAUAAGUGAAGACCUUGUGUUUACCUGAAGGCUUUGUCUAAUGGUUGACUCUGGGCUUUACGUUGUUAUGAGCAUAGUGAGUCGAGUUCCGAUGUGUGUGUGUGAGUUUAGGUUUCCGUUUUGUGUGUGUGUGUUUGGGUUUGUGUGUGUGUGUGUUCAGUAUAUGUGGACAGGUAUUGGGUUGUGUCCCUUGAACAGGUGGGUUACCAGAGAGAGGACCCACCUGUUCUGUAAACAGUGUCUCAGAAAGCUAGCUACAGUAAACUGUUAGCGUUCAGUUAGCUAACAGCGCUGCACUGUACUUUGGCACCAUGACUGUAAUAAGGUGAGCUAGCUACAGUAAACUGUUAGCGUUCAGUUAGCUAACAGCGCUGCACUGUACUGUGGCACCAUGACUAAACAUAAUUGCACUCAACGUAAUUGUACACUAAAGUUGCCAAAUGGGCAGAAAGUCAACAUUUAAGUAAACAUUUCCCAUAAAUAGUGAUGUAAAACCACUAAUUAGACUACUUGGCUGAUGGGGGUUGAUGACCACCUGUGAAACGACCACCUUGGUUUACAUUACAAGUGACUCAACUGUUGCCGCUGCAUUCCUGCUGUGAAAGUCUCCCCCUCCUCCUCCCCCAGUUUUUGGUAAUGGGUGAAUAAGACUGAGCAUGUAAUUACACACUAAGAAAAGAGGGUUCCUCAAGGGUUCUUUGGGAAGGGUGAUGGUUCUAUGUGGAAACAUAAUGCCUUUAAUGAACCCAUUGAGCCCUUCAAUGGUUCUUUGCAAUUCAGAAAAGGGUUUCUCUUUUAGUGAUAAUUAAAAUUUAAGGGUGGUGGCUCAUUAGAAUAUUUUGGUGCAUGGUAUGCUCACAGCUCAUUUUGUACAACUGUGAGUGAGUGUCAUUCCAGUUUAUGUAAUCUGUGGUGUUAUGCCAUUACGUUGUAAAUAUGACUAUGGCCAGUGCCUUGUGAAAGACUCACAUAUGGCCUUAUGUCAAUUGAGAACUGUUGUCUACCUCAGUUGUCAGUUUUCUCCUCAGCGAGUCCCAGCAGUUCCAGGGCUAGCACACCUGAUUCAACUAGCCAAUUACCACAAUAAUAACACCUAUGGAAUUCAAACAAUAUAAUAUGGCUAACCAAAAUAAAAACCUGUAUGGUUCUUCAAACGGUACUACAAAGAACAUUUAAGAUUGAUGAAGGUUCUUUAUAGAACCAUUCUCCAUAAAGGUUCUAUAAAGAACCAUAAAAAAGGGCUCUGUAUAGCCCCAAAAAGGGUGCUAUAUAGAACCUUUUAUUAAUGGUUCUUUAUAGAACCUUUAUUAAGGGUGCUUUAUAGCACCAAAAAGGGAUCCGCUAUGGUGGUUACAAGCCAAAGAACCCUAUUUGGCACUAUAUAGAACCAUUUAGUUUUUGUGUUUACAUGAAGAUCUAUGGCAUGGUUUGAAACAUACUAUCGAUAUCAUGUUUACUGUAACCCCUACUGGAGGAGGCUUGUGGUCAACUGUUUUGCAGCCGAACAAUGAUGAUGAUGGUGAUUCCUGUCGAGGUAUGACAUCAUCAGCCGUCUGCCAAGACAAUAAAGGUGGUUCAUUUAACUCAUUAAGCCGGUGACUAGGAAUGUUUGUUGUGGAGAAGCAGGCUCCAUAAAACAUCAAUGGAGGCAAUUACGCAGUCUUUUGGUGAGGACCACACUAGCCACCUACCACAAUGUAAUUCACCUCCAAUUAAGCUCUAGUGGGCUUGUAAAGUGUCAUUAACGUAGUCUUGAGUGGUGAAACUGUGCUGAACUUGCUUGAGUAAGCUUCCUUUCUCUGUGUAUGUGUGUGUGUGUGUGUGUGUUUGUGUGUGUCGAGACAUUGCAUUAACACGGCUUGCCUUCUGUUUCGACGAGGUGCGGAAAAUGAGGUCAUCGAGGAGACCAAGCCGAUACAGAAGCAUCAUAAGAACUACUCCCAACAGCACGGCUAUUCAGACCUGAAGAGCUCACAGAUACACAGCCGACGCAAGAGGAGCGUCGGUAGGUCUGCAACACAACACAAUGCCAAACAUCAUGACAUUACAACACAGUACAGGAUACACACAUACAGGCUAUGUUUGAUCCAAGGCAUGACAAUGAAUGGAUAUGAUGUUACGUUUUGUUUACUGACUUAUAACGAAGACAAGACGUCUAUCUACCAAACAGUUAACCCUAGGAUUCAUGGGAGAUUAUCGCUGGUGAGGAAAGGGAGGGGUUACCGGUCUAGGGGAGCCUAUGAUUGGCUGUGGCGUGUAGAUCUAAGACACAUGUCGGGAGGAGAAAAAUGUAUCCUUAAGUGAGGAAAUUCCAGGCAUUCAGUAUUCAUGUCUCAACUCGCCGGGCCUUGACUUAUAUUACUUGGGAGACACACGGUGCAAUAUCUGAUAGAGGCCUAGAGAGGAGCAUAGCGUGUAGCUUGUAGGGAUGUGUGACGGACGGGAUUCGAACCCGAGUCUUCUAUACGACUGCAUUAGCCCAUUAAGCCAAACUCUUCAGGUACUCAUCACACAAGAGGGCUCCGGGCCUUAGUUACAACCUGUAACUAUGGGUUCUUCCUGGUUAGGUCAUGUACCAUACCAAGAGGAUGAGUAGUACUGCAGAUGUUUUUGGCAUCCAAACAAUCACUCACUCACUGUACUUUGUGCACACGCCGCAGCAGCAGCACAAUAUAAUGGUGGAAUAUUGUACUCAGUACUCUACUCUUUCUGUUGCAUACCGCAGGAUUCUCAGAGCAUCACAUCUCAAAUGAAUGGCUGGUCAUGCCUUGCCUGCUGUUUUAAUAUAUGUGCCAGUCACAGGAGAUUGGUGGCACCUUAACUGGGCAGAACGGGCCUUGUGUUAAUGGCUGGAGCGGAAUAAGGGGAAAUGGUAUCAAAUACAUCAAACACAUGGUUUCCAUGUGUUUGAUGCCAUUCCGUUUGCUCCGUUCCAGAUAUAGUUUAAGUAUUCAUGUCCUUUAUCAUAAGCCCUACAUGCAGACAUAAGGCUGUUUGGCCCAGUCUAGCUGCAUUAGAGUGGAACAAAGGAGCAGUCUUUCUCUAGAAUCUCCACUCACUGAGUUACUACCAAAACUCCUCAGGUCAUAAGAAGAAUAAAACAUCUGUAUGUGGAUUUGUCAUCUUGUCCUCUAUGAAUCGUCAUGGAUCAGCCUUUAGUGCUGGUUAGGUUUUGAAUGUGGUUAGGAGCUGAUCCUGAAUCAGUGAUCAGUGAUGUAGAUGACAUACUUUAGUGUGCUCAGAGAUCUCAGUGUGUGUAGGGGUAAAAGAUAAGAAUAGCAUACAUUCUGAGAGUAGUGUAUCUUCCAAUGGUUAGAAAACCAAUGCACUGCUGAUUGUCCGAAAGCCGUGGUUUAUGAGACCGUAUACCACAGGUAUGACAAAACAUUUAUUUUUACUGCUCUAAUUAUGUUUGUAACCAGUUUAUAAUAGCAAUAAGGCACCUCAGGGGGUUUGUGGUAUAUGGCCAAUAUACCACAGCUAAGGGCUAUAUCCAGGCACUCCGCGUUGCGUUGUGCAUAAGAACAAUCCUUAGCCGUGGUAUGUUGGCCAUAUACCACACCCCCUCAGGCCUUAUUACUUAAUUAUACUACGUAGUUUAAUUAAAGUCUCUCUCUCUCUCUCUCUCUCUCUCUCUCUCUCUCUCUCUCUCUCUCUCUCUCUCUCUCUCUCUUCUCUCUCUCUCUCCUUCUCUCUUGUUCCUCGGUCCACCUCUCCCUCUCCCCUCUCGGCUUCUCUCUCGCGCUACAGUUAUAGGUGGAGGCGGUGCCUGCGGUGUGUAAAGACGCGGACGGUGAUCUAUGAGAUCCCGCGCAGCCAGGUGGACCCCACGGCCGCCAACUUCCUGAUAUGGCCGCCGUGCGUGGAGGUCAAGAGGUGCACGGGAUGCUGCAACACCAGCAACAUGCGCUGCCACCCCUCGCGCAGGCACCACCGCACUGUUAAGGUGAGAGAGGAACACACGCUUCACACACGCACGCAUACACACAUACAUACACCACACACAGCCACACACAAAGCAACACAAGUCACACACCACACACACACACACACAGACACACCCAAUAAACAAAACACACACACACCAACACAAUAAAAAUUUUCCCAACAAAAACAACCCACCCCACACACACACACACACACACACAAUCACCCCAAGGCACGCACACACACACACACACACACACACCACAAACUCAACACACCACACACACACUCUUUCCUCCCAUUCACUUGGGUAAGUGUACAGUAAAUCAUGCAGGUUGAUUACAUACAAAGGGAGGGCUUAAGUCAUGUUGUCUUCCUCAACACUCCUUCCUUCCCUCCCUCUCUCUAUCUCUCCAUCCCCCUCUACCAGGCAUUUGGCCUUCUCCCAAAAUGUAUUGUAUACUUCCACACUCCCUUUUAGCCCCCACUCUUCCACCUCUCCCUCCCUCCCUCCCUCCCUCCCUCCAUCCCUCCCUCCACCUCCUGGUUGGUGAGGGUCCAGGGUGUCUGUGACAGGCAGAGAGAGACAGAGGGAGGGAGGAGGGAGGGAGGGGAGGGAGGGAGGGAGGGGGAGGGAGGGAGGGUAGAGGCCUACAGCUAGGGCAGCAGCUGGAGGGUAGAUCAAGGAGCACCAGCAGAGAGAGAGAAAGAGGGAGAGGGGAAUGAGACAGAAGAGAGAGAGGGGGGAAAGAGAGAGAGACAGAUGGGAUAGAGAGAGAGGGGAGAGAGAGAAGGAGAGAGAGAGGGAGGGAAAGAGAGAGAGAUGGGAAAGAGAGAGAGAGAGAGAGAGAGAGAGAGAGGGGGAUAGAAUAAUAAUGGCGACAGAGACAGAAACAGACAGAGAGGGAUAGAAAUGCAGCAGUGUAUGGUAAACAGGUUGUAAAGCCCAGGUGCCAUCUGUGUGUCUUGACUGUCCAGCAUGUCCCAGGCCGGCAGGCCGCUGUCACAACUAUCUGUCUGUGUUCCGUUGUAUGUGUUCCUGGAAGCAGGCAGAGAGAGAGGGAGGGAGAGAGAGAGAGAGAGAGUGUUGGGUGGGGGGGGUGGUGUUCUAGCAGUAUUUUACGGUAACCAACACUCCUUGUCAUGGUAGUCUGAAAAACACCCUGCCUCUGUUUCUCCUCAGAGGAGACACCGCUGACUUCAGUUGAGAUGUGUUCCCGGUCUAUUUACACUUCAGCUUGUUACUGCUUCUGGUCCCUGUGUGUUUAUGUAUAAUGGAAGCAAGCAAAGUACUGUGCGGUGUUGGAUGGCUGGGAACGAAUAGGGAGAUCAUAGGAGCACAUUCUGUUCUUGAAUAUCUCUUGAAUGUGUGUGUGUUUGCUUAUCUUGUGUGUGUGUCAUGUCAGUGUGUGUGUAUGUGUCAGUGUGUGUAUGAGACAGUGUCUAUGUACUCUAUCCAUCGUGCUGAUCUUGCCUGGUCACAGGCCGGUGAGACAUGGUUAUCAGCUGUCAUGCAAACCUCCAUUGCUGCACCAUGCCAGGGCUUCAGCUUUGGCGAUACCGCCACGAUAGCCACUAGCCAGAGUAAUAACAAAAAUAUCAUCACCAGUUUCCUGGCACAGCAGUACUGGCCAGUCAGCUCUCAAAGGGAUAGGUGGACAUUUUGUGUCAGGACAUUGGCUCUGGGGUGCAGUUGCAGAAGUGGUCUAGCGUUCUCUAUAGAGGACUUAGCAACUGGGAGGGACAGGUGGUCCACUGUGGCUCUGAGUUGGCCUGGCAGGCAUGAGUCAUGAUGACUGAGUGGCCUCCACUGUAGUCUCACCCUCACCUGGCCUGUCUGCUUGCUUGUCGUCUCUCUCCUUGACAGCCCACUGUGAGAGUGGUUAUGAGGAUUGGUGUGGAGAGAGAGCGGAAGAUGGACAGAUGGUUGGGGAUGGGACAGUUUUGUGUCGGCUAUUCUCAGAAUGCCCUCUCUUGUGUCCCCCUUCUCACACCAUCCAAAACUCCUUCACACAACACAGGGACGGGGAGGGAGGGGGGAACCCUGGAGCCAGCCACGGGCGGUUUUGUGGGGAAGUUUUUCCGUGUCGGACCAGGGAGGGAGCUGAGAGAGAGAGAGAGGCUCUAUCCCGGGAAAGGUCAACCGACGGGGGUGACUCCAGUCAGCAGACAUUCAGGAUAUUGUGUGUGAGGAACAUUGUCUCCUCCUUCCAAGUUCCCCCCCCCCCCCCCCCCCCCCCCCCGUCUUUAGGAAUAGAGCUGAAUGGGGUCCUCUCUCUCUGCCUCUGGGUUUAUUAGGAGGCAAAAGAUUUGCCUGUCUCGCCGGCCCAAGAUGUUUUCCUUGUGCUAGACUGGAGGGAUGGAGGGAUGGGAAAAGAAUGCAUUGUGUGUUUCUUUCCACCUUGUGCCGUUAUGUAUUUCAGUAUUGGAGCUAAAUGCACUUCAUUUAUUUUUCCCUUUUUUAUUUUUUUUCUCCUUCUGUCGCUCUCAGAAAAAGAGCACGUCUGUGCAGGCCCCUGCUGCUAUACAAGCCUGGUUUAUUCAGUGGUGA